AUGCCCAUUUUCCCUCUGUUUAUCUGCUUCUUCAUGGACAGCUUUUGCAUCUGUGAUAGAGCUACCUGGACAAAGGUUGGAUGGGAGAUUUUUCCAGAAGAAAUACCUUAUCUGAAAGUUCCGCUUCCGCCAUCCCACUGUCUCCCUUACCCUCUGGACAGACUCUGCUGCAAUUUUGGCAACAAAGACACCCUCUAUGGCUGCCUGCAACUCAUUUACAUUUCCCUGGAAGCUCUGGGUCUAAUCCUGCUUGUCCUGUCAGUGCACUACCUGUGGAUGAAAUGGAAGAAACACAAAAAAAAGCUGGAAACAACACAGGCUGCCCCAGAAACCCCGAGCAAAGCCGAGAACCAGUCCUCCUACGACAUUGACCAGAUCCUCUGCAAACUGGUAGCUACGACAUCCAUGAUGACCAACUACCUGAACCAGGUCUUCGCCCGCCCUCCGGCCAAGAAGGGCAAGAGCCGCAAAGGGCGAGGGAAAAAAACGAAGGAGAAGGAGCCCGCGGAGCCCAAGGCGUCCACGUGCAAAUGCAGUGCACCCCCAUAUGAAGAUUAUGCAAGAAACCUCCUGACGGAACUAAUGUAA